AUGCUAAAUUUUUUUAUGGUUUUUUUUUCUACUAUUUUUUUCUUCCAUAAGCAGGGUAGCCAAGAAUGUUUUAGGAAGGUGUGUUCAAAAGUUAAGAACUACUUAAAUUAUGUAAAAGUAAAUUCUGAAUCCCUUGAUAUACCAAAAUGUUGUAAAUACUUAAACUACUUGUUAUAUGACCAAGCAAUUUAUAAUUUACUUUCUGGUUACACUACAUUAUCACUGUACAUUGAACUUCAAAAAUUGUAUGAUGAGCAUAAUUUCGAUUUGGUAAUAUGUAAUGAGCAUAAAGAGGACGUUAAUUAUGAAACUUAUAAAAAACUUAAUGAACUAAUUACACUAUACAAGGAUUUUGAUACAUAUAAAGCAUCAAGUGAUCCAAAAGAGAAUAAUGAAUGUAAAUGUGUUCGAAAAUGUGCAAAUUCAUAUAAAACGUACAUAAAGAAAUGUGAAGAUGGCACUCAACGAAAUUAUUGUGAAGCACUAGAAGAAUUUAGAAAUACAUAUAAUCAACAUAUGCAAAAUGGAACUAAUUGUAACAAUGUAGACAUAUACUUACCAUCCACAAAAAAAGUUAACAUCAUUGUUCUUAUUACAAUUCCGUCUAUUAUUAUAUUAACCUUUUGUUUCCUUUUAUUUAUUCUUGUGCUCAUGCAUAAAUGCUCAAAAAGGGAAGAGAAAAAAUAUGAAGGAAAGUUUAAAUAA